UGUCAAUUUAAUUCUUAGACCAGCCAGAAGAACCUAGAAGGGUCGAGGAAUAUUUCUUCCUCCCCUACAGAUGUGACAUCAGGAAAACCAUUGAAUUGUUCUGGACCUUACUUCUCACCUGCCAAGUGAGAGCAUUAGACUGUGUGGUCUCCAGGCCCAUCUCAGUCAUUGUGUGUCUUGAUUGGCUAGUCUAAUCCCACAGCUUCUUGGAUGAAGAAUUGAAGGCCUGCAAAAUCAUUUCCUGAGGUCACAUAAGCAAGUGGAAGGCAGGUCUCUGGUUCUCACAGUUCUGUGCUUAGUCCACGCCAAGGAGCAUCAUCAUGCAUUUAGAGGCUGAGCUUGAGCCAAAUGAAGACAUCCAGAAGGAUGACUGGUUCUCUGUUGUCCCCAUAAUAUCAUUCAUUUUGUCUGCUCAUAUUUUGAGGUUACUGAGCAGAAGCUCUAAAACUCCUGUGUCACCUGGUUUUUGCCUCUUUCAUAUAACUGGUCAGUAAUUCAGCUCAGACGUCUCUAUGACAUAAAGUUCCACAGUGACCUCUAAAUGGAAGAAAAAUGUAUCAGUUCUUUGCUACUGAAGAUUCAUGAUAACAAAAAAAAACAAUAGCUGGAAUGCAGAGUUAAAUUUGUUCAAGUAUUUACCAUUUAAGUAACAACUUCAAUGGACAAAGCAAAGUAGAACAGAGGGUGCCAGUGAGCUGCCCUAGUUGGAGUUCCCAUUGUGUGCUGGAGGCCCACUUCCAGGUGUUGGAGCAGCAUCACAGGUAGGAAGCUGAGCCUUUCUUUUCUCAGGGGCCUUCACACUCCUUUAGCCUGUCAUUCAGUUAAAAAGCAGGGGUUCCAAGGAAAGGAGACUUGUUGGUUACCUAUUCUGUAACCAGACAUGCUAAGUAUUUUAUAUAUAUUGGCUCAUUUAAUUCUAUAACUGCCCUGCAAGAUAGAUAUUAUUUCCAUUUUACAGAUCAAUGAAAGUGUUCAGCAAAGUUAUAUAGCUUGCCUAGGGUCACACAGUAAGUGAAUAUGGAUUUUAUUUGGCUCUAAAAUCUGAUGACUUUCUAUUAAUUCCAUAAUGUCUAAGAGCAGUUGACAAUAUGUUGACCUCAGUGAUUUCAUUUUGGUUCCACUGAAUGUGAGAAGGACACCUGAUACCCCACUGUGGAUACCAAGAUAAAUGGACCAAAUUGAAAGGCAGUUACUAUAUGGAGUGACUUUCAUCUAUAAGCAAAUGUUGUUAGUCUGCCUCUCAGAGAUCCUUUGAAAAUAUUAAAAGCAAAAAUAUUAAAGAAUUUUUCUUGCUAAUAAUAGGUUUAUAAACACACUCACUAAUCGGCAUCAUUGAUCAAUGGCAAAAAGUAUAAUGAAUCCUGAAUCACAUUUAGCUUUCGGCUAUGGUGCUUGCUGCUUUUGGGGUGAAUUACAAAGCUAUCAUUUUGGUUUUUAAGAAACUGUGUUGUUUGGACUGGUGGUUCUCAGUCUUUUAUUCUUUGGGCACAUGAGGGGAUGGCGUUUGCAUUCAAUGUUCUUCCCAUAGAUAUGACAACUGUUCUAGUUAACGAAUACUGCACAGCAAACUUAGUGUCUUAAAGCAACAACCAUAUUUAUUUUGCUCACAAAUCUGCAAUCUAGGCAGGGCUCAGUGGGGACAGUUCAUCUCGGCUCCAUUCGGCAUCAGCUGGGUUGACUUGGAGGCUGGGGGCUGUAACCAUGUGAAGCUCUGUCACUCACAUAUCUGGAACCUGGGCUGGGAGGAGUAGAACAGCUGGGCUCCUCUGGCAUCUCAAUUUCAUUGUGGUCUCUCCAGCAUGACAGCUUCAGGGUAGCCAGACUUCUGUGCCAGCUCAUUGCUCUCAAAGCACAUGACCCAAGAGAGAGAAAGUCAGGCGGAAACCUUAUCUUUUAUGACCCACCCUAGGAAAUCACACAGCAUCCCUACCCUGCAUUCUGUUCACUGAAGCAGUGACAAAGGCCGCUCAGGCUCAAUGGGAGUGGAAAUAGAUUCCAUCUCUUGAAAGGGAAGUGGAAAGUUUCUGGAAGAGCAUGUGGGACUGGAAAUACUGCAGUGGCCAUUUUUGGAAAAUACAAUCUGUUACAUAGAUGAGCUAGGCUACGGAUUAUAUGCUGCUGCCCAAGCCAGAUAUAUCUCUGGGCAUUUCUCUCCCACCCAAGGGAGCAUAUUGGCUUGCAAGUGAAAUAUAAUUUAUUCCCCUAUGAUUUAACCCAUCAUAAUUUACACUUCUCAAAAAAGUAAAUCAUCUGCAAAAUUUUGGCACUCUAUCUACUGUUAGAAACAAAUUACUUGUAAAACAUUAGUGGAUCCGGCUAAUGAGGUGGAUAGUUGGGACUCUCCUCUCCCUAACUUUUCCAUCAUAUUUGGGCUGAUACAUGUUUAAUGUUCCUGAAUUGUCAUCAUAUUGCUGCUUUUCUACCUUGCGUGCAGAGGUAAAUAGCCGAAUAUUUAUGUGAACAGCUUUGCAUAGAAACCUUUCCAUUUAAAACUAAAAAGUGAAGACAAUUGCACUUAAAAUUGAAUGUUUCCUGAAGGGGUUUGUUUUAGCAUUUUACAGCACCUGCUGCCUCCUCUUUUGGAGAUGAAAUGAUUAUUCAAGACACAUUUCUCAAAGUUUACCAAAUUAGUAUCUUCUCUGGAGCUCUAAUUGUAAAAUGUGGGAAUCCCAUGUCGUGGCACACAAAGACUUUACUUUUUGCAUUAAUAGAGCUAAAUUUGUUCUAGACCUUUUUUAAAACUGUAAAAUAUUUCAUCCAUAUAAAAGAGAAUAUGAAAUUUAUAGGUACAGUAAAGAACUAAACACAUGAAUAAUCGUGUGUGCACCGUCCAAGUUGAGUGCAUCAUCACCUUCUGUACCGGCUAGAGGUCAAACCGUCCUGACUGCUGUGGUAACAUCCCUUCCUUCCCUUUAUAGUGUUACCAUCUCAUAGUAAAAUCCUUCCUUCGUUUAGAUCUUCGUACAGUGCUUUUCACUUCAGUUGAAAACGUUUUAUAUAAAAGGCUUGCGCAUCUUUUGUUAUUUAUUCCUGGAUAUUUUAUAUUUUUGUUGCUGUGGUUAAUGAUGUCAUUCUAUCCGAUUAUUGCUGAAUAUAAACAUGCAUUUGAUUUCUACAUAUUGAUUUUGUAAAAAUAAAAUUUGUUAAAUCUUACUAAUUAUAAUUUAUCUUUAGCUUCUUUGGGGAUUUCAACAUAAACGUUGUAAAUAACAAGUUUUGUAGCUUUUUUAAAAAAAUGUUUUCUGUUUCUUUUUCCCCCCAUCUUCUUGCCAUCUUUUGAGUUGAUAAUUCUUUUUUCUCGUUCCAGUUUUUUCCCCCGUUUCUGUGAAGGUUCUGUGCCUCCUUUCUAUUCCCUUAGUAGCCAUUCUUGCUACCUUAUUGGGCAUACUUCAGAAAGUUUCUGGUUAAUGAGUAUGUUACCACUCAUGCUCCAAAAUUCAAAGACUUACCUUUCCUCAACUUUCCUAUUUUUCCUCCACAAUUUAUACAUUUUUCUUACAGUUUUAAAUAAUAUUUGCUUAAUUUUACCCACGUGUUUACCAAUAUCUUCCUGCAUUGUUACUUUCUCCUGAGGUUUCUAUUUGCAGUCAUUUUCCUUUUUUCUGAAGUAUGUCCUUUCGAAUUUCUUUUAGUGAGUCAUUUUUUAGUAGCAGACUCCAGUACUAUGUAUCAGUGAUUCAGAGAUGAAUAAGACACACUACCGUAGACUGUACGAUUGCAUCGUAAACCAAGUGCAAAAUUAGAGCUCGGGACAAAGAGUUGAGAGCACAGAGGGGAGACUCAGUGUAGGGGUGUGGAGGGGCAUCUCAGGAAAGACUGGACACAUGUGAGAUGUGAUGCUACAGAGGCUAUGAGUGUGUUCAUGGGACAUUCAUCAGCUCAGCAGGCUGGAGCUUAGGCGCGGGCUGGUGCCAGAUGGAGCUGGAGAGGUUAGCUAGCUAGCUAGUGGGUUGUGAAGAGCCUUAAAUGACAAACUGAAGGCAACAGAGUUGGGGGAGGUUUUAAGCAGGGAGUGACAGGAUUAGGUGCGUUAUUUACAAGUAAAAUGUGUGAUGCAUGGAGGACCACAACAGUCACCUGGGAGGAGACUGAGUAAACCAAGGCAAAGCAAAGGCAAUGAAGAGAGGAGAUGCAAUUUUGAAAGACGUUGACAAGGUAAAAUCUUAAUCGCAGAUUUAAAGCAGAGAGGAUUGGAGGAUGAACUCCAAGGACUCUAAUUUAGAACACUGGCAAGAUUAAGAGCCCCGGAGGGGGGCGUGCAUGAUGGGAAGUGGGGGGAAGAUGCCACUGGGGAGAGAGAAUGAAUUUAGUUUAUAACAUAAACUAUUUGACAUGUUUUCAGAACAAAUGGUGGGUUGGUUUUAAAAGAAUCAACAUUUGAGGUGUUAGGGAUAUCUCUGUGCUGAGAACUUGGCAACAUUUUCUGAUUCUAUCUGGUUGUUCUGGUCCUUCUGUUUUCCUUCUUUCACUUUCCGAGUUAGAAUAUGGAUCUCUGCUUCAGGAUGCAAAGGGUCUAUUUUCAGCAAUAACUAAAAUAUAAUUACUAGUUGGAUUUCAGUUAAAUUUUAGACCAGAAAUUUGAAAUGUAGAACUGCCUUCAUUGCUCUUUGCAAAAUUAUUGCUACUGAGCAGUGGUUGCUGUUGGCUGGUGGGACCUCUUGUUUUGGGUCUGUUUUUGUCUUAGCAUUUAUUGUUCACGGGCUGGCAGAUGUGACCCAGAGUGUCUAAGAGCAUCUGGUAAGAGAGGAGAGAAAGGAGAAAAGGAAGACACAGGCAGAGCAAAGGAAGAGGGGAGGGAAAAAAAUCCUCCAUUUAAUUAAAAAAGUAUUUGCAGGGCUUAUGCCUCCUACCUGCUGUUUUUAGCCAGCAAGAUCAGAUUCUCCCCUGGAGAUAGCCGCCUGGCCUGUGAGCCCAGACAAGGCCUUUCUUUUCGAUGCGUGAGUCAUCAUGGUGAUUCAGUGACUGUUCUUCACUCACAUGUAGUCAUUGCAGUGGGCACUGCUGAGAGUUGAGAGGAGCGUCUCCCGGCCAGGGUGUGAAGUAGCCUUGACAGCAGGUGCGGUGUGUCAGCCUGAAAUGUGAGCAGCUCCUUGCCUUCUACCUGGUGCCUGUGGAGUGCCCUGGACUCAGGCAUGCAGAGGAUCCCAUCACAUCCAGGCCUUUCUUGACAGAGGAGGGAGCUGGCCAGACAGAAUCAUGAAUAAACUGGAGGACAAGCAGGACCAGAUGAUACCAUGAAGAGGAGUUUACAGGCCCUCUAUUGCCAACUGUUAAGCUUCCUCCUGAUCUUGGCACUGACCGAAGCACUGGUAUUUGCUGCCCAGGAACCAUCUCCCAGGGAAUCUCUUCAGGUCCUCCCUUCAGGCACCACCCCAAGCACUAUGGUGACAGCACUGCUCAGCUCUACCAGACACUCAUCCGUGGCAGCUGCACCUGCCUCCGUGGUGACACUGACCCUCCAUCCCGAUGGACCCUUCUCACAGACGGAAGCUCCCACAGCAAUGACACCCCAUCCAGAUGGACACCCUCCUACAAACACCAUCUCCACCAUCAUGGCAACAGCAGCCACCCCCCAUUCUGAAGGCCUCCUGCCCACACAGCCCCUUCCUGCUACCAUGGCAACCACAUCCUCCCACUCAGAGGGCCAUCCUCUAGGGAAGGCUGCACCCACCAUCCUGCUGACAAAACCAACAGGAGCCACCAGCCACCCCACCACAGCACCGACCCGGGCUACCACGCGCAGGCACCCCAGGCCUCCAGGCUCUUCCCGAAGGGGGGCCGGUAGUUCAUUACGCCCUGUCCCGCCUGCACUCAGUGGCCACUCUGGGAGGAAGGAGGGCCAGCGGGCUAGAAAUCAGAGCUCCACACAUCUGGGGCAGAAGCGGCCCCUGGGGAAAAUAUUUCAGAUUUACAAAGGCAACUUCACAGGGUCUGUGGAGCCUGACUCCUCCACCCUCACCCCCAGGAACCCACUCUGGGAUUACUUCUCCUCGCCACAGCCCCAGACAGUGGCCACAAUGGCAGCGCCCAGCAGGACCUCGUGGGUACCACCCACUGCCCCCCUGGUGCCUGCAGAGGACAAGCCAGGCCUUAGCACAGCAGACCAGGGGGGUGGUUCCACCUUCACCAGCCAAGGAGUGGAGCUGAACGCCACAGCAGCCUCAGGUGCCCCUGCCAGUCCACAACCUGCCCCAGUGCCUUCUCAGCACCCCCGCGGUGACCCACAGGACAGCCCCAGCCACAGUGACUCCUGGCUUACUGUCACCCCUACCACCAACAGACCUCUGUCUGCCAGCUCUGGCGUCUUCACGGCUGCCACAGGGCCCACCCAGGCUGCCUUCGAUGCCAGUGUCUCAGCCCCUUCCAAGGGGAUUCCUCAGGGACCAUCCUCAACCCCACAGGCCCCAGCGCACCCCCCCGGGGUCUCAGAAAGCACUGUUUCCCAAGCCGAGGAGAAGGCUGCCGCUACCCCCACCAUGACCGACAGGGUGCCCAGUCCCCUCUCCACAGUAGUGUCUACAGCCACGGGAAACUUCCUCAACCGCCUGGUCCCUGCCGGGACCUGGAAGCCUGGAACAGCGGCGAACAUCUCCCACGUGGCUGAAGGGGAUAAACCCCAGCACAGAGCCACCAUCUGCCUGAGCAAGAUGGACAUCGCCUGGGUGAUCCUGGCCAUCAGCGUGCCCAUCUCCUCCUGCUCUGUCUUGCUGACCGUGUGCUGCCUGAGGAGGAAGAAGAAGACGGCCAACCCAGAGAACAACCUGAGCUACUGGAACAACGCCAUCACCAUGGACUACUUCAACAAGCACGCCGUGGAGUUACCGCGGGAGAUCCAGUCCCUGGAAACCUCUGAGGACCAGCUCUCAGAGCCCCGCUCCCCAGCCAACGGCGACUACAGAGACACGGGGAUGGUCCUCGUUAACCCCUUCUGCCAGGAAACGCUGUUCGUGGGAACCGACCAAGUCUCGGAGAUCUAAGGGCCGCAGCCCCCGCUUCGCCAGUCCCUCCUGUCCACCUCCAAAUUAUAAAUAUACACAUAUAUAUGAUAAAUGUAAUCUUUGUGUAACCCUGACUUAAUGAGAAACAUUUUCAGCUUUUUUUUCCUGAGAAUUGUCAACAUCUUUUUUAUAAGUGUGGUUUAAAAAACACUUUACAGAACAACCCUUGGCUUUAUAAAAUAAAGUCUUUCUAAGCAAAGCGGUUGGCAUUCAUUGCUUCUCUUCCUGACUGUCCGUGAGCCCCUGGGGUUCCCAGCAGCCCCGGGCAGGUAAGGGAAGAGACUGGCCUGCAGAACUGGACUGUCCAGAUGGUCACGUGCACGGCCCCUGAGUGCUGCUGAAAGCUCUGGUGCCUCCUGACUUGGUGUCACCCCACUUCCCCUCCGCCUCGCACUGGUGAGGGGAACUGGGCCACCUGGGGGGAGACGGCACUCACGCACGGAGCAGGACAAGGGGACAUCUCAGCACCGCCGAAGAAGAGUGAUGUCACAACGGCACCACGGUCAAGUGUGAUUCCGGCCGAGUUGCAGGCGGCGGGCAGGAGCAUGCAGCCCCCGGAAUCCAUGGAGGCUGUGAGGCACCUGAGGCCACGUCCCCCGCACUUCACAGGACAGGGAGCUCCUGCCAUGCUGACAGGACUGCCUUUCCCCGAGAUAGAAGGCUCCCCCUUAAGCACACGCCUGCAUCCUCUCCAACACCCACAUCUGCAUUACACGUGCCUUCCUCUGGAGAGGGUUUAGACGGGGCUGCGGCCCUGGAGCCUGAGAACGCUCGCCCGUCUUCGAGCCCAUCUUCGAGGAGCAAAUGUCUAUUGGGGAGCAGCUUUGUUUUCUCAACAGGCCAUCGCUCGGUGCCCCGGAGGAACGUGUCUAUGUAGAAGCCUUGAGGCGUGGAGCCGUCAUUUUGAAACCUUCCUCCAGCGAUCUUAAAAAAACAAGAUCGCCAAAGCAGGUCGCUCCAGAGAAGACAUCCUCUCUCCCUCCUCAGUUGCAGACCUGCUUGGGGGGCAGCCGGUGGCCCUGCCAUCCCGCUCUCAUGUCCCGUCUGCCCAACCUGCGCCCUUCCUCGGGGUCAGCCGAUGCUCCCCCGGUCCCGUGCUGCGUCCAGCUUGGCCCAUGGGUCAGACCCUCCAAGACGCAAGUCGGGCUCCAGAGAUGGCUGCUGCUCCAUUUUUCCCCUACCAGGUGGUGGCUGGGAGAGAAGACGACUGCUCUGACACUUCCUUUCUCUAAAAGAAAAAUAGUUUGAUAGUAUAUUUUGAAUAUAAAUGUUCUUCUAGUUGGAUUGGGAAUUGAACUUGAAUGUCAAUUCAUAUGUUCGUGUCGUUUCCGUGGUGUUUUUAUCAUGACUUUUUCCUUUCUUGCUACAUUUUCCUUUAAAAAAAAAAAGAUGGCCUUCAAAACUGUCUGUUGUCAAUGUUGUACGAACCUACUUAACGUGAGCUCAGCUGUUGUCUCUUCGAAGGCUCUUCAGCCCACGAAGAAGCAGGUGAAGUGUUGCUCUGAGAUUCCGUUUCCAGUGUGCUGUCUGACCUUUGAACCUUAUCAUAAUAUUUCUGUCAGCUCUCGCAUUUAGUAUACCAAUGUGUGUGUGUAUAAAUAUAAAGAAAUCUGUUUGUAAAGUAAAUUUAUAUAUAGCAUAUGUAAUCAAAGAUACAUAUGUUAUAUAUACACAUACGUGGAUGUAUGACUUAUUUUUCCUUAUCCACAGAAUUCAGCUACCGUGUAUAUAUAAAUAAACUUAUUUUAUUAGCCAGA